AGAAGAUGAAGAAAACCUCAUUUCCAUUUGCAUUUGCAAAUACAUAUAUAUCUACAGCUAGAAAAUUAAUUAAGAUAAUUAGGGUUUUACAGUAAUGGGGAUGAUGAAGAUGAAGAUGAUGAUGUGGUUGGCAGUGGCAAUGGCGAUGAUGAUUGGUAGAAGAGGAGCUUUGGCAGAAGUUUAUACAGUGGGAGACUCGUCGGGGUGGGGAAUGGCUACUGAUUACUCCACCUGGGCUUCCGACAAGACCUUCAACGUCGGAGAUUCCCUUGUAUUCAAGUAUCCAUCGGGGCACACGGUGGACGAAGUGAGCGCCGACGACUACAAAAAUUGCGCCACCGGAAACUCCAUCUCCUCCGACAGCAGCGGCGCCACCACCCUCACCCUCAAGACCGCCGGCGCCCACUACUUCAUCUGCGGCAUUCCCGGCCACUGCUCCGGCGGUAUGAAGCUCGCCGUCAACGUAAAGGCAGCAUCCUCCUCCACCGGCGCCGGCGCCGCCGCCGCCCCUCCGACGGCCGGCGGAGAGGCUCCGCCGUCCGACACCACAGGCACCGACACCACCGCAGCGACUUCGCCGCCGUCCGACACCCCCACCGCCACCGAGACCCCCGCCGUCGGCCGCGCAGUCCCUUCCGGCCGUACGGACAGCACCAAAACGUCGGCGGAGUCUGCGGCGGCGGUGGCGGCGCCGCCUUACGUAGCGGCGGUUAUUGCGGUUGCCUACGUGGCGGGUUUUAAGUGGCUGGCGGUUUAAUUGGUGGAGAGGAAAGAGGCAGUGCACAACGGCUUUUUUAUUUAAUUUUAAAUAUUUUAAUUUCCAUUUAUGAUGUUAUUAUUGCCUCGUUGUUGUAUCAUUACCUUGUUUAAUUUGAUUUCCGAUA